CUUCUUUCAUUAUUUCUUCUUUCUUCCUUCUUCGUUUCUUCUUCUUGUUCUUCUUUUCUCGCCCGUGUACAAAGACCCGCAGACAGAGAGAGUGGAGAGACAGAGAGAUGAGACAUCGAGAGAUUGAGAGAGGAGAGAAACAGAGAAGGUGCUGAGAGAGAGAUUCGGGGAGAUUGAGAGGGAGCCGGAGAUGGAACCGGAGUACCUGUAACCUAGGGGAGGUCCGAUCCUCCAUGGAUUGACGCCGGUGAAGCAGGGGGAGCCGAUUUCCGGCGAGCUCGUAACCCGCAACCCGCCAGACCCGAGAGAGAGAACCCGGGCGGUUCGUGAACCCGUGUGGCCCGAUCCUUCGGUGGUGGAGUCCGGCGCAAUUUCCGGCAGUUCCAGUGGACUUCCGGCGAACCAGAAGCCGAUUUCCGGCGGGCCAAAGUGUUUUCCGGCCGAACCACAAAGACCCGUAACCCAGAACCCCUCGAACCCGAGACCCGUGACCCGCUGAACCGUGAGGAAGACCCUGUCCUCCAGGAGCGAUUUUCCGGGGGUCCAGUAGCGAUUUCGGGUGGAUUUUCUAGGAAAAUCCUCUAGAUGAUGAGUUGAGAGACUGUACAAAAAGGAUUGUUGCUACAGCUUGAAGCGAUUUUGUUAAAAAAAUAAAAAAGAAAUAGGAAAGAAAGGAAAAUGCAUCCUCCUUUAACACUACACAAGCACCCAAUGUGCGCCGAAAUUAUUGAGGAGUUCCAGAAGUGUCAUAUAGACCAUCCUAUUCGGAAAUUUUUUGGUGAAUGUACAGAUCUCAAAAUAAAGCUUGAUCGUUGUUUCAGGGAGGAGAAAGCUCUGAAGCGGAAAGCAAACUUUGAGCAGAGUAAGAAAUUGAAGGAAAGACUACAAUCUUUUAGGAAGGAAACUGCUGAGAGAAGCACUGAAGAGAACGACCUUGUGCAAAGUUAAUGGGAAAGUGAGAGAUCAACAUCUUCAUGGCAAACAGAAGUUUGACGACUGCUCCAAGAGCACUCAUCCAUGAACCUUUGCCGGCACAAAUAACAUAAAGAAACAUGUUUACCAAAUCCCAAAAGAAUUGAUGUUGUAGGAAGCAUGAUCUUUGCUUCCACAGAUUGAAGACUCGUUGCACAUGAUUUUUUCAUGGUGCUUAUUUGUUCUGUUGAAUUCGUAGGAAUUAAUUAUUUGUCCAUUAGAUGCAUAAUAUGUAAUGUUUCUUGAAGAUUUCAAGUUUGAGAUCUUUCCUACUUUGAAAUAGAAAUAACAGGAUUUUUUAAA